AUGAAAAAAACCGAUGAAUCGAACAAUCAAUCACAGGAAGGUUCUUCGUUGGUAAUUCAUGGCUUACGGCGUUUCAGUGUACGACAGGGAACAAGCAACAAUUCUUUAAACUGCAAAGGUAUAGAAGUGUCCGGUACCUCGAAGUCUUUAUACCAGAACGGUGAAGUUUUGGAUUCGUGGCACAAUGCAGAAGACGAUGUGAGUGCAACUCCUUUUUGGAAUCAUGAUGAUAUGGAAAGAACGAGAAAUGACAUUUCCUUACUCAAAAGUGUUGUUACAAAUAGUUAUACUGGCAUGACGCCUGGCAGCAGCAUGAAUUCGAGUGAAGUAAACCAUAGCAGAGCAGAUGGAACAACUUCACAACGACUGCAAAAAUUCGUUCCAUGUGGUUAUGCUCCUAAUCGCUUCCCAGUAACUCUUACUUCUAUACCUCGUUCAUGUUGGCCAAAAACCUGUUAUGGGGAUCCAGCCCAUACUUUUUCCGGUACCAUUACUUUGCCUUCUACAAGAAUUGUUCCUGCUUCUUCGUCUACGACGCAGUCAGUACCGUCUACAUCCGGUCUUGGUACAUUAUCAGCUAACGAACAGAUUAUUUAUCCAAAGUCGCCGUCAACAUCCAACAGUGGUCCUCGUAACAAAUCCCAGACACUACUGGUCGGGUUACUUCGUCGAAUUAAUAAUGGUACUAGUACUUCCAGUGUGUUAGAGGCCGAGCAUAAAAAAAUCAGCAAAAUUGAUUUAGGAAGCGAAUUUUUCUAUCGGAAAUUAUCUUUUCCGAAAUAUAGUGCUGUGAAAGAGUGUACCAGUGCUGAUAGCAGAAAGUCACAGAAAGAAAAACUCGAUAAAAAAGGUGCUGUGGAAGGUGCUAACAGUAGGCGUGAUACACUGUUAAUUUGGUCAGUAUCUAAGGAUAAAGAAGCAGAAAAUAUCCGAAAUAAAUCGUCGAAAAGUUUUUUGUCACGUGGCAAGCCGCACAUGCCUAAAUUUCUUCAGUCAUUUUGCUGUUGUAUACGAUCCGAAACUGCUAUUAAAGCAAAACGACGAAUACUUCAUUCGGUCCCCUCAACUUCAACUCCACAGUCACUGAUUACUCAGGUAACAAAAAAUUCUCAAAACGGGACAAACAUAAACGGAACAAGUGUCAGUGUGAAUGAUUCCUAUUCAGCUGAUAGUUAUAAUGAUACCAGAGAAUACGUUCCUAUGCAGCUCUGCGACAAAUUGCUACUACCUCCAGUGCGUCCGUGUGAUGGAGAUAAAAAAUGUCUCAUUAUUGAUUUGGAUGAAACAUUGGUGCAUUCUUCUUUCAAGCCGGUGAAGAAUCCCGACUUUAUAAUACCGGUUGAGAUCGAUAAUGUUAUUCAUCAAGUUUAUGUAUUGAAACGGCCUUAUGUGGAUGAGUUUCUAGAAAGGAUAGGUGACAAGUUUGAGUGUGUAUUGUUCACAGCCAGUCUUGCCAAAUAUGCCGAUCCAGUUGCUGAUUUCUUGGAUAAAAGAGGUGUGUUUCGUGCACGACUAUUUCGAGAAUCUUGCGUUUUUCAUAAGGGUAAUUACGUCAAGGAUUUAACAAGGCUUGGGCGCGAUUUAAAAAAAGUGAUCAUUGUGGAUAAUUCACCGGCUAGCUACGCUUUUCACCCCGAUAAUGCAGUAUGUUUCCUACUUCAUCUUUUUUUUUCAUUGUCUAGUGGUGGGGAAACAUUUUCAUUUUUGACGCUGUGA